AUGAAGGCUGUUUCGAUUCUUUACUUGGUCACUGUGGCCUCUGCCAUGUCUAUUCAGCCGAGGCAAUUCGGCGGACGAUUCCGUGGACGGUUUGGUGGAGGCGGCAAUUUUGGCAACGACGUUGCUCCAGUUGACGGCAACGUGCCGCAGAACGACAACGGCAACGGCAACGUUAAUGUCCCGCAAAAUGGUAACGGCGGUAACGGCAACGGAAAUGGCAAUGGCAAUGGUGACGCCAACGGUGAUGCCAAUGGGGAUGUUCCGCAAAACAACGACGGCGGCAACAACAACAACAAUGCUGGCAAUGAUAACAACAACAACACUGGAGCCGGUGGCGGCGCAGCCGACGACACUACCAAUGGAGGCGGCGCAGCUGAUGAUGCUACCAACGGAGGUGGUGCAGCUGGCGACACCACUGGCAAUGACGGCGCAGCUGGCGAUAAUACCAAUGGAGGCGGUGAUCAGGCAGCCAACGGCCAGACGGUUGUCUUCACUGAGAUCGGCGGCGUACCAGGCAACGAAUGCCUCACCUUCCGCAACAACGGUGAAAUCGUCGACGCCGCAUGCGUCAACGAAGCCAUCGACCGUCAAAUCACUCCAUCCGCGGUCAAUGGUGCCAACGCACUCCGCGUCCAGCGAACAUUCACCGCGGGGUUCAGGCCUGACCUCGUUGACGUUCAGGCUUGCGUCGGAUUCAACGGAACGCAUUUCCGCGCUGAAGACUGCAAUGCGCAGGGUAUUGAGCUUGUCACUUUCAGCAACGGCGAGUUGAGGGCUUCUGGAGGCGCUUGUGCUAGCGGUCACGAUGAUCUGGCGCAGAUGACGGUUGAUGCUGCUGGAAACACGUGUGCGACUUACACCACGACUAAUGUUCAGCCUGCGGCCGCAUAA